GUAAAAACACACGGAUAGGUAAAAUAAAAUAAAUUGCGUUCCUGUUUAAAAAUGAUAGAUUUUGAAAAGUUCUCUUUCUGAUUUAUGAUGUUUUCUGUAUCUACCAAGGAUUCGUCUGUAAAGGCUGAACCGGGGACAUUUCUGUUGUUAAUAAUCGAUGCUCGGCCUGGGUCUGUAGUUCUUUGGAUUAAAUGUCCUGGAUGAUGUUACACAAAAAGCUCUAGGAGAUUUUUGAGUUGCUUCCGAAAGCCGUCUGCGCAGUGGUCAUCAUGUUUGUGGCGUUACCAAAGCGUCUCACCUUUCACGACCCAAACAUCAAAUAAAGGAGAACCUGAGUUGGUGUUGGUGAAGAUUGAAGGAGGAUUGAAGGAACACUAAAGAUGUGUGAAGUGAAGGAAGAGAUUGAUGAGGACGUCGUCAGACACGAGGCGUCCUUAAAACCCUUCUCAGAGCCGUUCCUCCUCAUUUUGUCUCCGCCCCCGGCGUUCCUCCCUGUCCCUGGUGAACCCACCACGUUCUGGCACAAGUGGCUGAAAGCUUUUGAAACCUAUCUCGGUGCACUAGGUGAGACGGAGCUGGCCGACUCCAGUAAAUGUCUACUGCUCCAAAACUGUCUCGGCCUCGAGGGCCAACGGAUCUUCAGCACGUUGAUCCAAAGCGGGAGCACGUACGCCGCGGCCAUUUCGGUGCUAACGAGUUUCUUCACCUCUGACCGCAGCACUCAGACGAGCCGCCUUAAAUUCCAUCAGAGAGCUCAGAAGCCCGAAGAGACCGUGGAUCAGUUUGUGUCGGCUUUAGACGAGCUGCUGCAGCCCUGCAACUAUGAAGGAGCGAAGGACGAAGUGAUUUUGAAUCAACUGACACUAAAAACCAAGUCUCUGCGUCUCAGAGAAAGGUUGCUGCUGGAGAAAGAAACUCUCACCUUGUCCAAAGCGAUGCUUAUUUCCAAAGAAGUGGAAUCGGCUUUGACUGAGUCUGAACAGUUUGAUUUUCAUGAAGUCAGUGUGGACAUUGGAGACGACGUUUACCCUCCUGUUAAAAAAAAGGCCAAAAGAGGGCGUCCUCGGCGUGGAGAGAUAAGAAUCAAGGCCAAACCUCAGGCGGCUAAAGUCCCGGCUAAAUCUUCUUUCAAGGACAACUUCUAUUACAGUAAUGACAAACUGUAUUAUAGUGAUAAUGAAGAGGAUGACUGCACCAGUGCAGCUGAGGAUGAUGAGACCUGUGGUGUUGAUGAGAACAGUAAGAAAGCCUCCGUCUCACGUUGCAACAAAUCUACAGAUAAAGAUCUUCUCAUUUCUGUCAGCAGCCUGAGGAAGGAUAAGCAGUUAAAGAAAGAGCGCCCCUACUGUCCCAUCUGUGUCAACAGGUUCUUCAGAGACGUGAACAAGCUGGCCAGACACAUGAGGUCUCACACCAAGGAGAAACCCUUCCGCUGUCCUGUUUGCGCAGUGACCUGCAGCCAGUCGUACCACAUGAUCCGACACCUGAGGAACCAGCACGGCGCCGGGCAGCACGUCUGCUUCACCUGUGGGAAAACUUUAGGAAGUUCUGCAGAGUUACGGAGUCACAAGAAGGAGCAUGUGUCGGAGAGCGUCACGUGUCUGCACUGCCAGGAGGUUUUCACCGACACGGAUACAUAUUUAAUCCACGUCCAGUCACACUCUACGACAGCAGACACGGAGGAGGUGAAGAACCAGAGCGACCACCUCGGUGAUGAGGCCGAUCAGAACCAAACGGACUCUGUUAACGAAGACUCCCCAGAGUCUGAGGGGGUAGAAACCAUGGACUCGGGGGCAGAGGAAUCCCAGGACGGUGACGGUGCCAAAGAAAAGAAGUUACCACCCAAGAGUAAAACAAAGGGUCAUUUCUGCCCCAUCUGUGUUGGUAGAGGCUUCAGGGGGGCAAAUAAACUCGCCAGACACAUGAGGACGCACACCAAGGAGAAACCCUUCACCUGCCCCGUCUGCGCUUUGACGUUCAGCCAGUCCUACCACAUGACCCGACACCUGCGGAACCAACACAACCUGGGCAAAUACAUCUGCUCCAAAUGUGGAAAAAAUCUAAGUACUUGGCAGGAUCUGAAAGUCCACCGGAAAACCCAUUCAGCCAAGAAAUGUGAGAAGCAGGUAGAGGAGAAGUCUGCUGUCAGUCACUUCCAGGUACCCAAGACCCCCGGUCCUCAGAGUCACAUCUGCGGCGACUGCGGCAAAGUCUUUGGUCGAACGUACCACUUGAAGAGGCACAUACUGACGCAUCACAAGGCAGCGAACCAAGAGAAGUACGGCUGCCCCGAGUGCCAGAAGAGCUUCGCCUUUCAGAUCGACCUCACCAAGCACAUGCAGAGACACGCCAAAGACGGGAUUUGUCCGAAAUGUCAGAAAACCUUUGACGAUCCAGAAGAGCUGGAGACGCACAUGGAGAUGCACGACAAACCCUACUCCUGUCACAGCUGCGGGAAGAGGUUCAAGGUGGAGUAUGCACUGAAGAAGCACGAAGAAGGACACGGUAACGAACAGUACUACUGCUCACUGUGUAAGAAACACUUCAUCAAACUGUCGCACUACAAACGGCACACCCAGGUUCACGAAAGACGGGAAUCCAGGUGUCCACACUGUAACAUCGUCUUUCUACAGCUAACAGCCCUGAAGUAUCACCUGCGGACUCACACCGUGGAGCGGCCGUUCCAGUGCACGUGGUGCAUGGACACGUUUGAGACAAAGGAGGAACUGGAACAGCACAGUCUCAAACACCGGAAGUUCAGAAAAGAGCGACCCUACACGUGCACCAGGUGCGAUUACGCCUUCCCCACGCUGCCCGAGCUGACGGAGCACAUGAACACGCACGAGGGCGAGCAGCCGUCCUGCUGCCCAAUCUGCGGCAGGACUUUCCUGAACAAGAACAAACUGGAGAAGCACCUGAGCAUCCACACGGGGGAGAGACCUCACCUGUGUUCCGUCUGUGGCAACGGCUUCCCCUCGGCCGCCAGCCUCAAGCUGCACGUCAACAUUCACACAGGAGAGAAACCCUUCCAGUGCUCCCAGUGUAGCAAGGCCUUCAGGUCGUCCAGCGGGCUGCGGCUGCACAGCAGACAGCACAUGGAGGUCCGGCCCAGCUACGAGUGUCGGGAGUGCGGCAGGAGGUACGGACGCAUGACGGAGCUGAAGAUGCAUCAGCGCUACCACACGGGGGACAAACCGUACGCCUGCACCUGCUGCAGCAAACGCUUCAUCAGCAAAGACAAACUGAACGUUCACAUGCGCGUGCACACGGGGGAGAGACCGUACUCCUGUCCACACUGUGGACAGACGUUCACGCAGACUGGAGACAGAAACAGACACAUUGGUAAAUACCACGCCCUCGAACCUGUGGACUCAUGAGUCGAUGGCGAUGACCGUCUGGAGGUUUCUGGUCUGGAUAUCUGUUACAGUAGAUAGGGUUAAAAACCAACCCUAGAAUCUUUAGAGAGUUUAAAAUUAAAAACCUAGUCUCACAUGUUCCACUUUCAAGGGAACAGUUUCUGCUCGUUCUUUUAGACCUCAGUUGUCUAGGAAACAAGCAGCAGUCUGACUGUCUGACGUAGUGCAGCGUGUGUUGUUUUUCGUAGACACUGAGAGGCGACAAAAAUCAACUACAAAAACAGUGAAAAUAACCUUGUUUUGCUUGAAGCUGAUACUGUUUAAAGUAUUGUUAAACUACGCGGACCUUCAGUGUCGUCCAACGUGGACGACACGAAUGUUAAAAUAAUAACUGAAAACCCUAAACGGACACAUGCACCGUUGUUGCAGCCUGGAUGAAGUAACCCUGCCUGGGUCUAAAGAAAAGAAGACAGUGACACUACGUUGUUGAAGCUAAACACUAAUCCUUAGCAGAUACACCAUUAAACCAAAGCCUCUAACACUAUAUUUAUGUUUGUGGAAUUCUACUGAACCUGGAGUCCACUUGGUUUGUUCUUUGUUUAUUAGCCUGCUGUCCCUCUUUUGCAUGUUUGUACUUUUAUAAUCGUAUCCAGAUUUGUGCCAUUCUUUUGGGAGACCAAAGAAAACUGUGUGAGAACAAUGUUAUUUUCUGUGCUGAUGCGUUGUUUUGAACACUAGGAUAUCGUCGCUGAUCAGGUUUGGACUCACUUUUUUUCCUUCACUUUAGUUAUUUUUUUUUGUUUGUUUUGGUUGUUUACUAACUUUAACUCAGAAACAUUCUCUGUGGCCAGAAACAAACAUCAACAUGAAACAAAACUGUUGUGUUUGUAACAAUAAAUCACAACAGUACGAGCUGUGUGCAAAUCAAAA